AUGACAACGCUCCGCGACUUGCCCAAGCUGUGCUCUUACGUGGGCGCCGUGGCCGCGGACGACCAGAUCCGCACGCCCGAAGCCGCCGCCGAAAACGGCGGCAAGGCGGGCCGCACCCCCCGCAUUCUCCAGGACGGCGCGUUCUCGUGGUCCUUGCCCGAGCCCCGCAAGCGGUACGUGUACAUGGCGUCGUCGCCGCAGGCGCUCGCGGACUUGGGCCUCGCUGCGCUGGAGCCGCAGAACCCGGAGUUCCGGCAGAUCGUCAGCGGCGAGAUCUACGGCGGCAACUUCCGGGAGCUCGGCUUGCCGGUGCCGUACGCGCAGGCGUACGCCGGGUGGCAGUUCGGCCAGUUUGCGGGCCAGUUGGGCGACGGCCGCGUGCACAACUUGUUCGAGGUGCCCAAGCCCCAGCCCGCGGGCGCGGCGCGCGCCACCGCCGUCAACCGUGGCACGUACGAGGUGCAGUUGAAAGGCCUGGGCAAGACGCCGUACUCGCGGUUCGCCGACGGCAAGGCAGUCGUGCGCUCGUCCAUUCGCGAGUACAUUAUCUCCGAGCACUUGCACGCGGUGGGCAUCCCAUCCACGCGGGCCUUGGCGUUGACGUAUCUCCCCGAGACGUACGCGCAGCGGCACGGCGCGGAGAAGUGUGCGGUGGUGGCGCGCUUUGCCGAGCUGUGGGUGCGGCUCGGCCUGUUUGACUUGCACCGCUGGCGCCACGACGUGCAGGGCGUGCGCCGGCUUAGCCAGUACGUGAUUGACGAGCUCUUCACGGUGCCGGGCGGCGCACGCUUCCCGUGCUUCUCGGCGCUCUUGGCGCACAAACCCGACUUCUUCGCCGCGGCCGGCUCGGUGGGCAGCUUGACGGACUUCGACCGCAUGUACUACGAGACCGUCGUGCGCAACGCGACCACCACGGCCAUGUGGCAGGCGUACGGCUUCCUCAACGGCGUGCUCAACACGGACAACACGUCAGUGCUCGGGCUCCUGAUGGACUUCGGGCCGUUCGCCAUCAUGGACCGCCUCGACCGCAAGUUCACACCCAACUCCGAGGACCACAUGCUGCGCUACAGCUACGCCAACACGCCCACGGCCAUCUGGUGGAACUUGACGCGCUUGGGCGAGGACAUGGCCCACCUCCUUGGCGCGGGCGAGCACAUGAUCAACGACGACGCGUUGAUGCGGGGCGCCUACUCCAAGGACGACGAGGAGCGCAUCGUCAAGCGCGCCACCAAGAUCAUCGAGGUCGGCGCGGAUAUCUACCAGUACGCGUUCACAAAGAAAUACGUCGAGGUGCUCUUCCUGCGCCUCGGCUUGCGCCCGCUGCUUGUGUCCCUGGCGGAUCCGGACGCGCUCAACGACGCCUUGCUCGUGCCCUUGCUCGACGUGCUCGAGAAAGUCCAGUGCGACUACAACAAGUUCUUCCUCACCUUGCAGGACGCCGGCGUAGCCGACGCCGGCUUCGACGCGGACGCAUUGGCCCGCUCCCUAUUGCUGGACUCGCCCGCCGAGCUAUCCGCGCAUGACGCGGAGAACUUGGUGGCCGACAUCAAGGCCUGGCUCGCGAAGUACCGCGAGUACGCCUUGGAGCACGGGCUCGACAGAGCUGUCAGCCUGCGCUUCAACCCGCAGUUCCUCCCCAGAAGCUGGAUCUUGAGCGAGGUCAUCCAGAAGACCGAGGAGAGCGACGGCCAGGACUUGGCAUACCUCCACAAACUCCAGAAGAUGGCCUUCAAUCCAUACGACCCCUCGAAAUGGGGGCCCGAGUUGAAGGACGUCGAGGCGAGAUGGAUGGUGCAGGGCGAUGUGGACGAGGACAAAACCAUGUUGCAGUGCAGCUGUUCCUCGUGA